CCGCCGGAGGUGACGCCGCGCGCGAACCCCGUGGCCAUCUUCGACACGUCCGUCGGGAGCUUCGAGGCGGAGAUCUACCUGGACCGCGUGCCCGUGAUGGCGUCGAAUUUCAUGGAUUUGGCGAAGAAGGGCUUCUACAACCAGACGCACGUGCACCGCGUCACGCCGGGCACGAUGGUC